CGCAACACGAACAAAUCUCUUCAAUUCCAGCGGUUUGUUACAUACUUCAGACCUGCCACAUUCGCUUGAUUCCGAGGAGUGUGGAGGAGAUGGCAGAACCAAACGUUUAUUGGCCAGCAACAGCUGGAGCUGCCCAGGAAGCAACCGAGGUGGAACAACUUUGUCAUUCAAAUCCUAUACUUAAUCAAGCACUUAUUAGGAUAAGAGACUUGCUGGGGGAAGAGGCAGGUGAAAUCGACACAACAAUGAAAUCCCUCAGCCCCAAUAUCCAAUCUGACAUUGAAAGAGCACGGUGGAUGAUUAGGACGCACUUGUCAGGUAACUUAACGGACAGAGAAGUGAGGAUCAACAAGGCGCGGAUCGAGAAGCGUUACACAGCUCUUGAAGAAGAACGGACAGAACUACUGUGUCUCCUGACAGAUCAAAGGGAUGAGUUUGAAAUGGAGAAGAUAGCCGUGGAGAGGGAGAGGGUGCAAGAGAAAAUGGUGUGGGACCAAUAUAUGAAGGAGAGAGAAGUAGUUUUGCUGUCCAGUGUGACGUCUGUGAUGAUAAAGAGAGAAAGGGUGAUGGAGGAGCUGAGAAAUCAAGUAGAGACAAAGUGCGCCAACAACCCCAGGGGCAUGGAGGGAUCCGCAGCUGGAAAUGCCCCCAUGAAGGACUACUGUGGGACGCGCAGGAAAGGGUGUUUCCGAAAAUAUGGAAGCAUCUGGAAUAUUAAUCCUCAGGGACCUGUCACGGCCAAUGGCAUGUGUGAGUGUGGCAGACACACAGAUAACAAAGAAAUGUCACCCGCAGCUGCUAAAGGCAGAGGGACGCUGCAGGUCUGCCCAGAACGAGAGGUCAUCCCGCCCCAACACUCAGACCCAAGAAACGGCGGGAGGCAGUCAGACAUCAUCGCAGAAGAAAUCAGACAGAAAGACCUGCAACUGAUUGCCAAGCUGGAGAAGAGGGUUAGAGAAGCUGAGCAGAAAAAGCAAGCAAAAGCAGGACUGAAAGCUAAAAAGGCAGAGCAAAAUAGGAGGAAGAAAGAGACGAAGAACCCUGCUCGGAUGCAAGAUAACGGGAAUGACGUCACACCGAGGGAGCCUGCGGAACCGAAUGAACUGAAGAUAGUUGAGCCGGUGAGAAAGGAGAAAAGAAAAGGUCAUGGCAUCUUGCGCAGGAUGGGUUGGUACACCCACAAAAGAGGGACCAAAUUGAACAAGACUGUAACCAGCCUAUGAGUUGUAGGCUACAUGAUUGCAUAACUUUGCUUCGUUCAAAUUAAUUUAAUAAAACACUUCGCAGCAUCGCUUUGACAAG